AUGACGUCGAAGAGCUCGUUCUUGACGUUCUUGGUUUGUGCAGCUCUCAUCCCCGUCCUCUUCGAGGCGACGGAUGCUCAGGGCCUGAGGUCCGGGUUCUACAAGAAGACAUGCCCCAAGGCCGAGACCAUCGUGCGGCAGACGGUGGCCAGCUUCGUCGCGAAGGAUGCGACCGUGGCGGCGCCGCUGCUCAGGCUUCACUUCCACGACUGCUUCGUCAGGGUAUGCGACAACGUUACUCCCCCCACCGCCUAUCGGCGCUUCUGCUCACUCCGUCGUUGGUGACGAUCACAUCAUCUUGACCCUGUAGCUCCCCAUCUUGCUCCUGUUCUUUUCCUAGGGUUGCGACGGCUCGGUGCUGCUCAACUCCACCAAGGGCCAUCUCGCCGAGAAGGACGCGAUGCCCAACCUAAGCCUCGACGGGUUCGACGUGAUAGACACCGCUAAGGCGGCCGUGGAGGCGGCGUGCCCGGGGGUCGUCUCGUGCGCCGACAUCGUGGCUCUCGCUGCCAGGGAUGGGGUAGCGCUGGUAAUCAUUCAAUCAACCACUCGCGAGGAGAGAAAUAGAGUUCUGUCUAUCCGUUUUGUAACCCCCACUGGUUAACCGGGUCUUCUAUCCUUGUUUAUGCCGGUGCAGAACAACGGGCCGAGCUGGCAAGUUGAGACAGGGCGGCGGGACGGGCGCGUGUCGUCGGCGUCGGAAGCCGUCGCCAACCUGCCGUCGUCCUUCGGGGAGAUAGCCGAACUGAAAGCAAUCUUCGCGAGGAAGGGCCUCAGCGCCGAGGACCUCGCAGUCCUCUCAGGUCAGUCAGUCGGUCGGUCGGUUCUUUCUGCCGCCCCAGUCGCCCUCCUCCUCCUCCGGCGAGGGGUCUGGGGGUAUCAAGCGUUCUUCUAUCUAACUUGACGAUGACUCUGAUGGUGCUUGUCAGGAUCCCACACCAUCGGGAACGCCCACUGCAACGCCUUCAGCAAGAGGCUCUACAACUUCACCGGGAAGGGCGACAGGGACCCGUCUCUGGCCCCCGCGUACGCCCGGACGCUGAGGUCGCAGUGCCCGCGAGGGGAUGAGACCAGCAUCGUGGAGAUGGAUCCGGGGAGCGCCGUCAGCUUCGACACGAGCUACUACACUCGGGUGAGCAACGGGAAGGGGCUCUUCCGCUCCGACGCCGCGCUGCUCCACGACAAGGUGACCAGGGACCUGGUGUAUCAGUACACCGGGAGCGCUUCCAAGUUCUUCCGCGACUUCGGUGUCGCCAUGGGGAAGAUGGGCAACAUCGGCGUCCUCACCGGUGCGCGAGGGGAGAUCAGGAGGCACUGCGCUCUGGUCAACGCUUGA